UCCCCUCCUCCUCCUCCUCCCCCUCCUUCCUCUCCUCCUCUUUCUAUUCCCUCUUAUUCCUCACCUCCUCUUCCUCCUCCGCCUGCUUCCUCCUCCCCCCUCCCCUCAAGUGAGUUGUGUACGGACUCUACCCAGCAUUUCCUUUCAUCCUCUCCUACUUCCUCCUCCACUCCUUUAUCCUCUCCUCCUUUCUCUCCUUCCUCCCCACCCUCGCUCCUCCCCUCCGCGCCUGAACAGCUGCCCCGGCUAUCACCGCUCGCCUCUCCAUUAAGGGUGGAAUCCCCAUCGGUGAUAGACGAGGGAACACACUCAAUGGCGACCCACCCUUCCUCGGGGGCAAGAGAGUGCUGCUCCUCGCCUCCCUCUUCCCCCCCUGCCCCAAUGAGUCCUGACGGGGGAGUCGAUCACCUCACACCUCCUCCCGGUCCUCGCCUCCUGCACUGUGAGUCCCAACGCUCCAAGGGCCUCCCGAAGCUUGUCAUCAUGCAGGACAUCACAGACUUACCUGUAGAAGGAGAGCAGAAGGAUGUCCUGGUGGAGGAGGGUGGAGGGGAGGGGUGCCUGCCGGGUGACGCAGCGUGCCCGCCAGCGAGGGAGGCGGCGGGCGGAUUGGCUGGCCCCGCCCUACCUUACCGCCCCGCCCUCCCGCUUGGGUCCUCUGGAGUCUCCAGCACCACAGGUCAGCACCCGCUGCCUGCCGGUGGGGCUGACGUGCUGCCUGGCACUGCAGGAAAAGAGUGUCUGUGUGAUAGUGAGGGUGAGGGGGAGAAUGGUGAGGACAGUGUCACUGCGUCACCACCUCAUGGCUGCCCCGCCCCGUGUUCCCUCGGCAAGGCCACGGUGUUAUGUGAAGUGCCCGGAGGCGACAUGCAGGGGCCAGAGUGGAGCGACCUGGUCUGUUGGCAGUGUGAGAAGGAGUGCCAAGUGCCGCAGUGGGCUGGCACCAGCGACGGGCAGGCGGGCAGUCUUUGCCAUGGCGUGGUGGGGGAGGCACACGCGGCGCACUGCCCUGGGGAGGUGGUAGGUUCGCUGCAGGUGCUGGUGGGGGAGGCGCUGUGGCAGUACCCAGUGCUGGGCCACGCCGAGCAGGGCCACCACCAUGCCGGCGAGGAAUGGGCACUCGUGUUGUCGGGACGCGGGUGGCGCGCAGCUAUAAAUAGUUGUGGUGGUGGUGGUGGUGGUGAACUGGUGACCAUGAGCAGUGACAACAUGGCGGGUGGUGCGGCGCCCUCGCCCGCCACCCUCCGUCCGGAGCCGCCCUCCUUUUCCGGCCGGUGCUCCUCAGUUUACGGUUUUAAGCUUAGUGGUGCGGACAGUUCCAAGGUGCGGAACCUGCUCCCCAUGUUUGUGAGCAGCAGGAACACCUCCCGGGAGAUUCCCGGCGGCGUGACCUUCAGAGUGAAGGGCGACGCCUCCUGGCAGACCCAUCGACCCAAAAGGAACUCUGACAAGUGUGACAUACGCAUGUACCGCGGCGAGGAGGGCGGUGCGGAGGACAAGGACGAAAGUGGGUUUAUUAAACUGUGUGGCGUCAACUUGGGUUCAGGCCCCGCCUCGCCAGACCCAUAUCCGCUCUUCAGAUGUAACACGCUGCCGCGCAGGUUACCCUCCUAUAGGUUGUCACCUCUCCCGGCCUGGCCACAAGCCUCACAGACUUCCCUGGACUCUGAAAUAGUAUCUUCUGUUCCUUCUUCACGUCGCCAGUCGCUGAUUGAGGGCGAGGAGGGGCUGGCUGCCGCCCAUGUUCAGCCGGGUGGCGACGCGGGCGGCGGCCGAGGGUCUGGGACAUCCCUUCCUCGGCCGCCGCCAUCCUGUGAAUCAAGCAGCAACACUGCCAGUCCACCCUGGGGCCCUUCUACUCCACCACCGCCCUGGGGAUCGACUGGCUCUGCGCCACCUGACACGACGCGAUGUAAUGUGAACAGCAUUCCACGACCAUACCGCGGCUCUGCCAGCAGCAGCACCAGCACCAGUCCUGUGCCCCCAGCCGUGCCUCAGCUGCAUCGCCCCAGGGACUUCCUCCCAAACACUGCAGAGCACAGCGAGCCAUCCCAGGAGGAUGUUAACCUGCCGCUCCACCAAGACGACCUCGAUCCUUGCUUCCCGUAUGAACUACAGCCCCCCGCGCCGCUCCUCACCACCCGCCGAGCUACGGCACAGCGCGGCGCUGCGGGGCACGCUGACAUCACUGUGCCUUCUGGCGAGACUGCUUCUGCACAGGACGCCGAGGUCAGGGUGCAGUUGACCUCAUCUAACAAACCAAUAUUUGCUACGGACUCGAUAGUCACCAGUGACGCCAGCCUUGCCUCGGGAACUUCAGCUGAGGGCGUGACAAUAGCACCGUCACCAGUCGUCUCUUGGCCUCCGCGGGGCGGUAAUGCGCAUGGGGAUACCCGGGGGGAGUCAGGAGGGCAUGUAGUUACUCCUUUCACUCCUUCUCAUUGCCAUCGCCGUGAGCCAGAGAAGUUGGUGGAAGUGGAGACGGAGGCGUUGACGCAGGCACCGGGAGCCGCGUUUAGCCCCACGACAGAUUCUGAAGACUGUCAGCCAGUCCUGAGGGAAGCGACACUGCUUGGUGGCGCAAAGCAACUCUCCAGUGACACCCUGAGAGUGACGAGACCCAACCCUCCACCCACGGAGGUCACACCUGAACCCACCCUUCCCCCUGGUGAAGAAGUGGAGGAAGAGGUAGUCACACCACCAGCAUCUAAAGAGGCCACACCUGAAUCCUACCAUUUCUCUCCUAUUGAAGAGGAGGAGGAGGAGGAGGAGGCCACCGCCACCAUCACACUGGCUAUUGAGGAAGACGAGGCCACACCACCGUCAUCUAAGGAGGCCACACCUCAGCCUUCCCUCUUUAUUUCCGAGGUCACACCGCCAGCAUCCAGGGAGGCCACGCCUCAGCCCUGCCAGCCUUGUGCUUCGGAAGAGGAGGGCAAGUCUCUCGCAUCUAUGGAUGUUACACCUCGCCCCUCUCUUCCUUUCUCUGCUCUGGAGGAGGUGACAUCCCAUGACUCACCUUGUUCCUUUGCACCUGAAGAAACCUCACCCCAUUCCUCUUCUCCUUCUCCUCCUCCUCUUCCCCAUUCAGAGGUGACUUCACCUUAUCAUUCAGACGAGGACACACUCUCUCCUUCCAUUCUUUAUCAUCCUGAAGAAAUUAUACCUCCUCCUCCACAGUUUAAAGAAGCCACACCACCGCCUUACUCUCCCUCUCCUCCCUCUUCUGCAAUUGAAGAGAAAACAUUCCCUUUCUCUCCUCUUCUUUCUUCCUCUCUAAGAGAGGAAACCACAUCUCCUCUGUCUGAGGUCACACUUCCUCUCUGUUCUUUUCCCCUGUCUGAGGAAGCUAUGCCUCCUAUCCAUUCUAACGAGGCUACUAUUCCUUACCACCCUCCACCUGUUGCCACUGCACAGGCUACACCACCUGUUUCCUCUCCAGUCACUCCUGAAGAUGUUACACCUCCUCCUUCCCUUUACUACAGUGUUUCUGAAGAGAUCACUCCCCCCUCCUCGUCCUUUCCUUCUGUUCCCUCUCAAGAAACUACAUCUACUGACAAAGAGGCGACAACCUGUAUGACUACCACAGAGGUCACAUCUCCUCCCAUCACCAUCAGGGAGGUCACACCUCCCUCCAUCGCGACAACUUGUAUGACUACCACAGAGGUCACAUCUUCCAUCACCAUCAGGGAGAUCACACCUCCCUCCAUCAAGACCAAAGAGGCCACACCUCCGUCCUUUCCUGCUGGAAUGGACGAAUUUGUGUCUCCACAGAGAGAAUCAGUGACAGUGGGAAGUCAUGGGGAAGUUGGAGAGGGUGUGGUCACCAGCCCCUGGAUGAGAAGUAGUGAGGCUGCUUCAAAGACUGGAAUCAGCCAGCGUGCAGCCAUGCUUACCCGUCAGGCUGACAGCCCGCCUCUUCCCCGGCCUACACGCUUCCCACUGGACAUCAUUUGUGGCAGCAAGGUAUCUGGAGAGUUGUCACCCGUGGCGGGAACCAGGCACAGGCUGUCCUCCUUGGGCCAGGUGUUGCCGCCACCAGCACACACCUCCACCAGGUCUAAGUCUGCCUCCAGAGUUGGCAGUGGUGGAACCGAUCCUAAUCUAAGCGCUCCACGUCAAGAGUCGGAUACAGGACCAAAGGGUGGGUCUGGACAGGAACUGGGCCAAGCAGAGACCAGAACUACUCCGCUUCCCAUCGUGCUGCCUCUGGACACAACGCUAAAAAACAAAAUAAGACAAACCAUAAACUCUUUCGCUGGGCAAGAAGCCACUCCUUCACAUGAUGCUGUCCAACAUGAUGCCUUCACCUCUGCUCCCAGCACCAUACAGCAAAAUGAAAUGAGAGCCCAGUGCAACAAAGAGUCAGGAACAGACAAGCGUAUUUCUUACUCCACUGUGUCCGGUAAAGAUGCUCUUGCUGGUGAAGUCUCAGAUUCUUGUGGUGGCAAUAGUCCCUCUGAUGUGCAAGCUGGUGAUGACACUCACACCCAUUCUCUUAAGAUGGAAAUGAAAGUUUUCAUUGAUGAUGCUGUUGGCAUUGAUCAGAUUGAGCAUCCUGGCCAAGCUGUUACUGACGUGAACUCAGCAUUUUCUGGGACGCUUUGCGAAAUGAGGGCAACACAAGACAUGGACACAGCUAAGGACCACCAUCAUUCCCAGAUAGAUGAUACGAGUUCUGUGUCGUCUUUGCAUGUUGAGUCUCGCAAGAUAAUCUCCAGCAGUCUGCCAGAGGAAACACCAUCUGUCACAAGUGGCCAGGUUUCAUCUUAUGGCUUUCAAAGCCUACCUCAGCAAAAAGAAAUGGAGAAAAAGAUGUUCAUAGAUGAGGGACCCACUAUCAGGCAUGAAGCCCUGAAAACUCCUGAUCCGUUUGUUGCUUCUACAGAAAACAAAGACACAAAGAGUCUUACUUCUUCAAUCCAGGAGGAAAGGAAAGUUCAACUUGGAGAAGGUGCCAUUUGUCAUUUUCCAACUGAAGUGUCAUCAGAUGAGGCCCAGGAACGAGACGAUUCCAUUGAGGGAACCUUUUCAGCUGUGCGUGUCGUGGUGACUGAGGCUUGUGAGUCAUCACCAGAGUGUGAGGCUGAAGGCAGCAGUCUGGCACGGGAGGAGUCUGUAGAAGAGUAUGAACCUGCCCUGGAGGUUGUAUCUCUAAAUCCCAGCUGUACAUCCAGCCACAGCUCGAUCAGUGGUGCCACGGUGGUGACUCUGGGCAGUCACAGCCACACCCCUGAGCUGCCACUUCCUGAUGAAGAUGCUGAGGAGGAGUUUGUGGACGCUACAGAUGGCACAGAAGGAUGUCAAGAGACUCCACCCAGUUCCAAGUCUAAUAGAAAUGAAACAUUACCUGAGGAAGCACCAAGAGUCUCGCUUGUUGGGGCUUCACUGAAGGCGGAGUGUGAAACCCCUGAAGAUGGCUCUGCUUCUUCUGGUUGCCAAGCCACUUAUGCUGACCUGCCAGCCUCGGCCUCAGCCUCAGCCUCAGCCUCGGCCUCCUCAACCGGGUCAGAUACGUGGUGGACCUCAACUGGCGGCCCUGUGGCACGACGAGACCUCUUUCCUCUGGAUGAGGAUGAGGACGAGGCCCAGUGGCGUGCUGCUCAUGCCGCAGUCCAACCAGAAUCAGAUGAAGAACCUCCUGGCUAUGAGAGUGAUGAGGACUUUGCUGCUAUGGACGCUGACAUGCAACGUCUUGAGGAGAAGCUUAAGAAAUUUGAAAGGGAGCUUGGUGGCAAUGAUGGAAGUGUCGUAGACGACUGUAGCAGUGACAAAAGGGAAUCUAUCAUCUCCCCACCACGGUCCUCUCAAGGCAAUGAGUCACUGCGACUCAUCAUCCCAGAAGUGUUUCCAUCCCGUCGUUCUACACAGACCAAGCAUCUCAGCCUCAUGACCCAGCUGGAGGUGCACCAGUAUGGGGACUCUGCCAGCGAGUCAGAGAACGAAUCUCGAAUGUCCUCCUCCAGCGACUCGGCUGACUUUCUUUUUGUGAAGACCAAGGUGAAGGUGAAGCCUGGUGAGCGCAUCAGUCGGUCACUGGACCAGCGACGUGCCAAAAACCUCCACAUCUUAGGCAAGUCCUCUGGAGACACUAAGAACAAAGAGAAGGAAGGUGCCUGCCUCUUUGAAGAACGAGUCGACUUGAGCAGCCUCGUUAUACCACUAGAAUCGGCGGGAGAGGAGUCUUUCAGCAAACCCUGUUCUGAGAGUAUUAGUAGUGACAAGGUUGAUGAUAUGAGAAAUACUCAGACAGUAGAAGAGACGAUGCCUGACGAAAGUAUGUGUGAGCCCUUCACUGCAGAGGCAGACGAUGUGCUGUGGGGUGAUGAGGACCACCUGCUCCUGGGCUACAUCUGGCAUGAAGAUGAUAUGGCUGCUGUAGACUUUGAGGGCUUAGAAGAUUUUCAGAGCUUUGAGGGACAGGAAGCUCUCAUGUUCAUGUUUGAAGACGAUGAUGAGGAUGAAAUAGUUAGUGAUGAAGAGAGCGAGGGUGAUAUGCUGCUGGAAUCUCGUGACGAGGCUGACAUCUCCCCUGGCGAGUACAUGGCUGAUGAGAGUGAAGGUGAAGGUGACAGCCGCCGCUCCCGGACAUUACCCGCUGCCAAAAGUUCAGAAAAUACUUUCGUGGCGGCUUUCAAGAAUGGCCUCAGGAAAGCCUCUAAAUAUUUUGGCCCCAAGAGUGAUGCCCGUGUCAAGAAAGUGAGUGGUGGUGGGAGGGACUCUUCACAGGAUAUUAUUUCACCCACACCACCAGCUCGCACUGGAAUGGAGGAUGACACCACUGCCGGCGUAUACAACGUACAGAGUGGGUUGGUGGGUGGACCUGUUUCCCAUCAUGCCCCAUUCAGUGACACUGAAAGUGUUGACAUUUAUUCUUGCAGCUCUGGCGAAUACUAUGCUGCGCCAGCCAUGUGUGUCAACACAUCAGAUGAGGAUCCAAGCCUUGCCCUCAGUAAGGCCUCCACCCCUCAGACAGAAGCACCAAGCCAGCCACCAGUGCCACCCCGACGCUGGUCCAACCGCAAGUCUCGAGUGGUUCAAGAGGUAGACACAUCUCCUCGAGGACAUGCAGGGGCAGUGCAACAGCCCAUUGCUGUCCCUCCCAUUACUUCACUUCCAGCAAGCCCUCCACCCCAUGCUGGCAUUCCACGUUCCGAACACCACACCAAUGGGUCUAAGGAGAUGUCAUCAAGCCCUGCUGUGGUGCCGCAACCCAUGGGCAGGACGGUGGGAUCACCAGUGUGGGAGGGGUACUGUCCCCCUGCAGCCCCCUUUCCAGGCACACAUAUGCUGCCCCACCAACCCUGUGUGCCUGGCAUGCCCUGGGCUGUUGAUCCAUAUGCACGAGUUCCUGAGGCUGCCCACCAUCAGCAUCAGCACGCUGUUCCCAAUCACAGACUAGCUCAUACCUCCCCAACACACCCUGCCCACCCCUAUGUCACCCCCGACGCUGUCCUCCCCUAUCCUUGUGAAGCUCACCACGCCGCUUACUCUCACCCUUGUGCUGGUCACCUCGCUGCCUCCCACGCCUCCCCCAUGGCUCCCCACAUUGCCUCCCACUCCCACAAACCCACUUCUAUUAAGCAGCUAAAACGUAAACAGCAGGAAAGGAUUCUUCGCCAAGAGGCUGAAGAAGGCCUGGAAGCAGCUGGCUGUGCGUUCUGUGUGGGAAUGCCGCAGGUGCGCCAGCAGCCGCCACAACACGCCGUCCACUGGCGCCAGUCCAGCCCUCACCCUCAUGCCUCCAGCGACCGGCGCUCCUGGCCGCCCCGCAAAUGAUGCAGGAGUGUAUGCGCCAUGACUCUUGAGGGGAAAUAUGUGGCCUUUUUCUGUCUCUCUCUCUCUCUCUCACUCACUAUUAUUUUUGUUUUUUUUUAAUAAAUGUAUUUAUGUAGAUAA